CUUUGGAGUCUUAGACCUGCUCUGUCUUCGUCCCGCUCACCUCCUCCACCUGCUGAGGGUUCGCCGUCCAUCAUGCCCGGCAGUCAGACCCGGAACAGGGCCAGAGACCGGAACAAUGUCUUGAACCGGCCUGAGUUCAUGUCCCUAAACCAGACGCCUCGAAGGGAGCAGGCAGCGGGGGAGGGACGAGGUAGUGGGUCGAGGAGACCCGUGUUCAGACAGCAGAGUCAGCAGGAAGACCCAGGAGGGAGGGGGUCCAGAGAGGCCUCUGAUGGAGGCCACGCAGCAGACGGGGCCCCAAAGGAGGCCUCCCGGUUCCCGGAGCAGGACUGCAUGCAGCUGAACCCAACGUUCAGAGGCAUCGCCAUCAACUCUCUGCUCGCCAUCGACAUCAGCCUUUCAAAGCGUCUGGGCAUGUGCGUGGGGGCGCACGGACCCGGUGCCCCUCUGCGCUCCAUCGUGACCCUGCUGGCCCUCACAGGACACGCCCUUCCCUGGAUCUUUGGGACCCUGAUCUGCCUGUGGAGGAGCAACACGCUGGCUGGACAGGAAGUCCUUGUUAACCUGCUGAUGGCCCUGAUCCUGGACCUGAUGACCGUUGCUGGGAUGCAGAAGCUGGUCAAGCGCAAAGGUCCUUGGGACUUCCCUCCGGGGUUUUUGGACUACGUUGCCAUGGAUAUGUAUUCUUUCCCAGCAGCCCACGCCAGCCGAGCCGCCAUGGUGUCCAAGUUCCUGUUGAACCACCUGGUCCUGGCGGUGCCCCUGAGGAUCCUGCUGUACCUGUGGGCCUUCCUGGUGGGCGUGUCCCGAGUCCUGCUGGGUAAACACCACCUGUCAGACGUCGGCUGUGGGUUCGCUCUCGGGUUCCUUCACUUCAGUCUGGUGGAGUCCGUUUGGUUGGACUCGGCCACCUGUCAGACCCUCAUCUCCAUCGGCACACUGAGCUGGACUCCACUGCUUUAGAACCCGUUUGGACUGGUUCUGCUGGGAGUUAGACUGCAACAGACUGGUGUGCUCCAGUUUAGACCGGCUUAUAUUGAUACUGCUGGCUCUUGGAUUGUGCAACAUCACCAUGAGCGCACUGAAUUGGAAGUAACUGGUUUAGCCUGGACUGAACUGGUUCAGACUGGUGUAGACUGAUGUAAACUGGUCUGGUUUGGACCCCUUUGGACUGAUUCUGAUUCUUCUGGGUUAAAAUUUUCUACGUGUUCUUCCAGCUCGACCAGAACUGGUCUUAGGAUGUUAAGGAUGCACUACACUGGUUUUGUUCAGUCUGAACCCGUUUAAACUGGUUUGAAAUUGUGUGUUUAGGCAGAGUGACGUUUUGCUGAGUUUUGGCUCAGAAGUGGAACUGGUACGUUCUGGAUAACUGUCCUGUGGUCCUCUUUAGACAGGGUUUAAGGACAUCUUCAGUUCAGUGGUUAAAACCAGGAACUGCUGGAUUACCACAGGUGUAGGUCACCUUACAGCUGCUUGAUUACUGGUGCCUGGCUUAAACCAGUUUAAACUGGACUGAAACGGACAGAUAAGUAUCAAUUCAAUGUUUAGUUUGUGAGCGCUGCAACGGUGGAAGGAUGUCCACCAGUGGUCCUCAGUCCUGGUCCUCCAGGGUCUUCUGUCGUCAUGCUCUGCUGAAGUGUGUUCAGUCGUCUCAGACAUGCAGGGCAGUGGCUCUGGAGGACCAGGAUCAAGGACCACUCAUGUGGAGGUUAUUCAGGAGGACUGGGUUCUGGUUUAGACUGGGUCGGUCUGGGUUCAGACUGAUGUCUGUUUUCUUGGUGUGUUGCUGUUGGGAGACAGAUGGGUUGUCUCAGGUCCGACCUCCUGGACGUAUCUAAGAAUAAAAACAUCUAAAUAUUUGA